AAUGUGUCAACACUGGUUGUCGUGGGAACUUGUGCUAAUAAUUCGGCAUUUUCCGAGAUCUAAUGGGGUGUUUUGGCCUCAAUAUGUAAUAGGAACCUUUAUUAAUGUCCCCUGCUGAAGAACUGAGACAGGAAAUUUGCAGGACCUCAAGAAUUGCGUGUGGAGGAUGAAAAUAGAGGACUUCAAUGAUUCCUUCCACAACAACACGCCUUAGCUAAAAGGUUGGGCCCGAAGAAGGGGAGAGUAGCUCCAUCUCUUUGGAUCAAGAGCCCUUCAGCAUCAAGGCGACCUCAUCUAAGAGCGCAGUGUCGGAUAUAAUUUGACAUUUUUUGGUCCUGCUGUCAAUAUUAUAAUAUGGGUGAUGAAGCUGGGUGAUGUAGCUGGAUCAGGAGUUGGCGCUGGUGGCGGCACUGGUGGCGCUGUGAGAGAUGCCGGUGGGGCCAUGGGUAAGAGAGGUGUCGUCAUGGAAGAACAGUAUUUUAGGAAGAAGGAACAGGAGCAGCUGAAGCAACUACGUGCUAAGCUGAGAGAGAGUAACCACGUGGUAGGAGAGACAGCCCUCAACGCCUACCUGGAUAGCAUCACCUCCCACGAGGAACACAUCAGGGAGCACCAGCAGGAAGCAGCCUUCCAUCGCGACAUCAUACUCACACACCAAGACAAGGUGCAAUACCACGAGCAACAGAUCGUCAAGCAUCAGGACGCCAUCAGCACACUCACACGCCAAGAUUCACUCACUCGCUGCAUCACCCCCAUCCGUACAUCACCAAGUUGAGUGAAAGAAUUCAUCGCAAUGUUGUUACCACGAUUGUAGAACAUCAAAAAUCCAUCAUUACACCCCAGGCCAUAACCUUUCAAAAGCAGGUGAAGCGUUCUUGCUCUAAGAAAUUGAGCUACCCUCUCCUUCAUAACAAACAUGAUUGUCUUCCAGUUCCCAUUCAGUGUAUAACAUUCACUACUUUAUCGCUUCUCCAUGUUUGUAAUAAUACUAGAUCAGUGACCGCUACCACUGAGUCAAACUUUAGUCACUAAGUAAUAAGACGAACAGAUUCAGUGAGUUAAGAUCAGAAUAGUAAAUGGUGAUAAUUAUUAAGAAAGUAACCUAAUAAUUCCAGUACCAGCGCUAUCGUGCAGGAUUUAUACCACCAAUAUAUAGGUAGAUAUUUAUUAUAUUAAUGAAGGUCAUACAGCACCUGGGGAAUGGGAUGUUAUCAAGUUUCAUCCAAGGAAACAGACGCAGACUUAAAACUCCUUGGAUCAAGUCUUUCACCAUCAUCAAGUCACCACCCUUUGAAGGGAUGAAAAAUAUUAAUUGAUCUGCCUGUUUUAUAUAUACCUUGUUAGUUUAUGUUGUAAAACAUUCACUUUUUCUUAUCUUCAGAUAACAAUUUUCAGUAUUUGAUGAAAAAACGAGAACUCAUUAAGGUCGAAUGUUUAUAUUUAACGAACGGAGGUUUAUGUAAUUUUGAGUUGAAUGAAAAAAAUUAUGUCAAUAUAUCUUGUAGAGUACAAAGCCCCCUGAAGUUAUUCAGAAAAUUGUACUGCUUUCAUAAAGCAUUAUUUUUCUUUAUAUUAUAAUCUUUCUUUAAGCUUCUCGAACUCAAAAUCUUGACGUGAUUUAUGUUGUAAUGACUAGUACUCAGAAAAAGUUUAUACUUGAAUAAAUAUACAUUCUCA